AGAUAUCGAUCUUCUGCUUCGGUAGCGCAAUGGCGUUGGGCUUUGCUUACAUCUAUACAGUAAUCAUCUUCUGCCCGAUUCUCUAUUACUGUUCACUUGAAGAGACUAAGGAAGUUCCAGAAGGCUGUUUUAGGCGAAAGGGCAAGCGCUUCUUUCGAGCUGUUCUCCAUGGUUACAGUCGAAUACUGUCUGACCGUCGUGUGGCUAUAGUGCUAUUCGUCGGCACCUUAGUUUACUGGUAUUUUGGCAUCAUGGGUACAAUUAGUAUCACUGCCAAACUGGAUACUGAGAAGAUUCUUCCAAAAGACACGCCAAUCCAUCGACCAAACCGAUUGGUGGAGAACAUAGUCAUCGCUGAGCUGUACUUCCACAUUCCAGUCUGGGCCGAGUACUAUCCUGUCACAAUCAUCGUCAACAGUCCUGUUGACAUUCGUGAUGCUGACAAACUUAACGAAAUCAACACAUUUGUGGGAGAAUUUGAAUCGCUGCCAACUUGUCGAGGUAAUAGAUUUUGGUCGAUUGGCUUUUUUUUAGCAUGCGAAAUACUUGUUCCAGGCUCAAAUUUCACAAUGUUCUGGCUUCGAGACUAUAUUGACUACUACUGGGGUGUUGGUGUGAACGAUUUUGACUUUUACUUUGAUGCUGACGAGUAUCCGGACGAGAAGGAAUUUGGAUACAAGAAGUUGCCUGGCUUCUUGGGAAAUCCGCUAUAUAAGCACCACAAGGCUUUCCUUAACCUCGAUUACAACAAGACCGUCACCGUCCGGAAGUUCUCGUUAGUGGUUGUAUAUGAAAACAACACAUCCUGGGACGAUAGAAUUGAUUUAAUGCUUAAGUGGAGAGCAAUUGUUGAUAAGUAUCCAAACCUCAACGCUAGUGUCUGGAACGUCAAUGCAAUGUUUGUAGACCAAAUGCUCAGUUUGAAAUCGCUAACGUGGCAGGUACCACUGAGAACUACUGUGUUGCAAUGUACAUGUAUGUGGACGUUGUUCUGUAUGGCCAUUGUAUGCACAAUCUUCAUCCAAAAUCCCGUUUCCGUUGUUAUGGCCACACUAGCGAUUGCGUCCAUAAGUCUCGGAGUUAUGGGAUACCUCUCAUUCUGGCAUCUUGACCUGGAUCCAGUAUCACUGUGCGCUAUUUUGAUUAGUAUAGGUAUGGCGGUAGACUUCGUGGCUCACACCACCUAUCAUUAUCAGGCUCUCCCAAAAACAGUGUUUCUGUUUCAGUUGUCCUACCGAGAAGCGAUUCGAAAUGGGCAUGAGGUACGGGUCGAGUUGACCAAACCUUAUGAUCGUAUGCGUAAUACCAUUAGCAAUGUUGCUUGGCCCAUGUCACAAGCUGGAAUCUCUACAGUCAUCUGUAUACUGCCUAUUGUAGUGCUUCAAGUAAGUUAAGC